UCAUUUUUUUUAUUGAGUUUAUGAGAGUACAAAGAAUAAUACAAAAAUUUUUUUUUGCUAUGUGAGUCUUUGGGUUCUGUGUGUUGUUUGGGUUUUGGUGUGUGAAAUAGGAUGGUGUUAGGCAGGGGCUGUUGUAAUUAGGGUUUUGGAUUUGAGUGGCGGGGACAUGUGACUGCUGUGCAAGGAGCUAUUUUUGGUGUCUGGGUGUUGGCUUCUCGUCAGAAACCAUAGAAAAUUAGUGUGAGGUGCACUUAGGGAGCUUAGACAGCAACAGGCAUUGUGAUGUGAGUGUUUGAAUAUUUGAACAUGGGCUGUUGCUUUAGCAAAGAAUUAGGUGGUGACAAUGACAAUGAAAAAAUUGGCCUGCUACAAAAGUCUGUGGAGGAGAAGGAACCGGAGGACAAGAUAAGUAAAACUUUGUCUGUAUUACUUGAUAGGCUGGAAGGUGAGGAGCUGCAUAAUGUUGAAUAUGGAGCUAGCAGGGCAGCUGCUAGGACUGAUAUGUGGCCGAAGAUGUUUGUGAGGUCUGGGCACAAAUGGGCUCACAGACCGAGGCAGUCAUUUAACUCUAUUUCCUCUUUAAUGUGUAAGUUCCUAGCUAGGUAUGAAAAUUUGGAUGAGACUGAUAAGAAUUCAGAUACUGCUGCUGUUGAGCAGGCCUGUGAGAGUGUCUGUGAGACUGUGUGUGUGGACAUUGACAGCACACAGGGUUUCUCUGCAGGUGUUGGCUCUGAAGAGGUCGAGUGUUUUUCACAUGUCCCAGGGCCUUCUGACCAGGGCAUGCAGGAAGGAGCUUUUGUAAAUAACCGUCUGUACUGUCACCCUGUCACUUAUAAGAAUUCUGUAGUAGAAAAAGAAAUCGCAGUAAAUGUUCCCAUCAGUUGUAAUGAGAAUAAUGCUCUAGGUGUGUUUGGUAGGGAGAUGGAAGGUACAAACCUUAUUUGUGUGGAUUACAAACGGUGUUGGAAUUCAAGAGAGAGCAAGUUUUACAGUAUCUGUGUUGUAGAUCCUGGUGGCCUGGAUGAUAACAACGAGCCGUGUGCAAGCGUGCGCAGGUGUGGAGCAGCUGCAACAGAAGAGAGCUGCUCAGCUGUCAUUUCUGAGGGGGUUUGCAGAGGGGCCUGGCCACCAGACAACAUCGCACAAGGUCUGGGACACUUAGAGGCACCACAGGAAGAGCUGUCCCCAAAUGGCCUGCUGGGUCCAAAUGAAGUGAAGGAAGUCUCUAAUGAGAAAACUAAGCCUAAUUUUGAAGUUUUGACUGACAGCGAUCCAUCUUGUAAAGGAAACACUGGUGACAUGGAGGCUGUGUCUUUAAGGGCAAACAAUUACACCAGAUUCCCUAAAGAUUACACAGAAGGUGGUAUAUUACAUAAUGUUGGUAGAAUACCUGAAUCAAAUGCUAACGUAGACGCUAACUCAUUAGAAUACAUAUGUGCCAACUCUAACGAAGGAGAGAGCCAUAGUUCAGCACUAGUAAGUCUGAUGGGUGACUCACCUGUUAAUCUAAUAAAUGAUACUUCCAAUAUUGAACAAAAUGGUGAAUCUGGAGCUGUAAAAGCUAAUGUAGAUCAGAGUUUAAACUCUGAAAAGGAAGGCGGAAAGAACUUUAUAAACUCUCUAAAAGACAAUGAUUGUUCCAGUUUAGAUGUUAACAGAUCAGACAACCCAAAAAGGUGUAUCAUUUCAGUGAACUUUGGAAAUGAGUGUCUUCCUUUUCAUGCUAAUUUCCGAGAAGCAACCCCUAGCAGAAGUGAUGAUCCCAGACCUGAAUACCUGGGGCCAGUGGUGACAGAGGGACAGUAUAACGGUGAUCACAGCCUGGGAACUAGGACCACCCAACUUGUGAGCAAAAGAGAAUUGACUUUGCAACCUGAAAGUAGUUCAUCUUAUCAAGAUGAAGAUGAAAGGAGCAUUUUCGAAGAUGAGAGUCAUGGUAAGAGGGCCUUUGAAAGGAGAUCUUUGAGUCAGGAAGAUCUGUGUGCAGAUAUUGAGGCCAGCAUAGCCCAGGCCCAGAUCUGUGAUUUAACUCGUGCAGUACAGGCAGCAAACGUGGAGGUCUUAUGUCAAAGAACAGACACUCUUAAUGUCAGGAGUUCUCAGAAAGUGUCUCCAAAUGUUGAGUUUCCUGUUGGCCUCAGGUGUGUUCAGAGUAACUUUAUGUCCUCUGCAUUCAUUUUCGCCUGCACUGAAGAAGAGAGUGAAACAGGCCAGUGUCAUAAAACAGAAGAUGAACUGUGUGUGAAGAGUUCAGGGAGUGGCUCUCAUAGAUUAGAAAAUGCUGAAGAACAAUCAUUAAAGGCUAAUCAUAGAGAGACAAGUAAAAAGGAAGUAGAAAAUGUCAAGUUCGACACUAAAGCAGUCUGUCACUGGGAAACAAAUACAGUAAAAUGCAAGGCAGUGCCCGGUCAGGAUGUACUGGCUUGUGUUAGUUCUAAUAUAGCAAAAACCCCUGAUUUCAAAACAAAUCAAAUAGAAAAACAUGAUGAAACCUGCAGAGUGAAUGACUGCAGACACGAAGAUCUUCAACUUGUACCACCUGUGAGUUCAGGUGCGCAGAUGGCAGAAGAAGAGGAGACCUACUCUUUCAACUGUGGUGGUGAUCCAGGACUGGAGCAGGUUUCCUGCACAUCUGCUGGUGCAGUGGCAGGACACAAACCAGAACUGAUAGGGGAAGAGAUGGAAGAGGGCCUUUACUGGGACAAAGACAACAGUGACUUUAGCAGCGGCUACUGCAGAGGUCCAUGUGGGACAAGCAGACUUGCACACCACUUUACACAAAGAAAUGCCACAGCCACAGUUAAAGGACUCAUGUUAAACGGCAAAGAGGGUUUUGUGGGAAGUUCAGCAGUGAAUUUUGGAGAAAUGGAGUUAGGUCACACUCUUGCUGGGUAUUCCUGCUUGGCUGGUGUGGAUCCUGCUCAAGUGGACAGACAUACAGCUGUUCCUCAUGGUGUGCUGCAGGCAAUUACUGUCAUCCCAGGUGGCAGCAAAGAAAUAGUAGUAUCAAGUAGUGAGGAACAUGUUUUAUCACUCUCAGAAGACACUGUAAAUAUAUCUGAAGACCCCUCAGAAGGGGAUUUGCAGAGCUUCCCAGAGGAACUGUAUUCCCCGUUUUUUAAUAAACUUUCCUAUUACCCAGUGGGAGGGUUGGCAAGUCAGGUGUUUUCUGAAAGCUUGACAGGUGGUUGUAGAUAUCCAGUGGGCUGUCUGUGGACUAACACAGUUGUGAAAGGUGCACUAGAAGAUGAACAAAUACUUAUUGGGGACCUGCAAAGUCAGCCACAGGACUUUGAGAUCUCUCCCUUUUGGAUGGAAAAACUCCCUUAUCAGCUACCAAUGGCAGAAGAUGGUAUUAUUUGGGGAUGGCAAAAUAAAGGUGCACAGUUAGUAAGUAUGUUUUUAUCAGUUUGUAUUACUGUGGUGUGAUAUACUAAUCUUUUGUUUUGAUUGCUUUCAACUUAAAAUUAACAAAGAUUUAUUCUAAACAAUGGGCAGUUUGAAUCUUUAAAGCUAUGAGUUAAUGUAGCAUUGAUUUAAUCAUUUCCAGAUUGGAGACUAUGAAUUCACUUCACUGUUUGGUGUAUUUUAGCUAGAGUUUGUGACAACUCUUAUUAGCACUAAACCUGUACUAUUCAGGUGGCCACACGCAGUUUGUGCAGAUUGUCUUCUGUUUUUGGACUUUGUGUGCAUGUGAUCAUAAAAGCUGACCUGCCCAGUCCCAUCCUUGUCAUCAGUAGCCCCUUGCUGGAACAGAUCAAGCAUUUGACCCAUUGAAUUUUUAAAGUUGUUUCUAAAAGGUUACACCUGCAGUGUAUACAUGAAUUAAA